CAUAUCGAUUAUCCUUAACAUACAUUGACCUUUUAUCUUCAUUUCUACACAUACAAAAUCUGAAAAGACCCAUAUGGUCAAAAUAUCAUCAUGUCUAUUUGAAAAUACCAGGUGGUCAAGACAUCUUCAUUUCUACACAUACGAGAUUUGAAAAGACCAGGUGGUCAAGAGAUCUUCAUUUCUACACAUACGAGAUCUAAAAAUACCAGGUGGUCAAGAGAUCUUAAUUCCUCGGUCCCUUUGGAUCAUUGAUAUAUUAUUGUUAAGAAAUAACCCCUUAAUUAGAGAGAAUUUUUUACUUUAUGAUGGAUCAUCAUCAUCACCAUCAUAGGGAAAAUGAAUUUGAAUAUCAAGAAAUCCAGAAAGCAAAGACAUCAUCAAAAUUCAAUAGAUCAAGGACUAUACACAGCCCGAGAAACUCGAUUGAAUUCCCCGAAAAGCCCUUGUAUGUCUAUCCUUCUCCUCAUUCGAUUGAACGUAAUGGCUCCAUUAAAAAGCUCCAUUGUUCACCUUUAGGAUCCAUGGUUGGAACUUCAUUCAAAGGAAAAGUGAAAAAGUUGUAUUCAAUUUUCGACUCUCGUAAGGAAAAUCAUCGAUCCUCGAUUCCAAAACCUCAAACCAAGCAUUCAAAGCCAUUGAUUUCGAACACUCUGUUAUUGCCUGGAACAGAGGAUCGUGUGGUAAUUUACUUCACGAGUAUACGUGGAAUUCGAAGGACAUUCGAGGAUUGUUACACAAUGAAAAUGAUAUUAGGAAGCUAUCGCGUUAAAGUCGAUGAAAGAGAUGUCUCGAUGCACAUUGCAUAUAGGAAGGAAUUACAAAAUGUUAUAGGUGAGAAGAACAACAAUAAUAUUGUGACAUUGCCACAAGUUUUUAUCAAAGGGAAAUACAUUGGAGGUGCUGAAUUGAUCAAGCAAUUGAACGAAAUUGGCGAAUUACCGAAGUUAUUAAGAGGGAUUCCUUUAAGGCCAAUUGGUUAUAUUUGUGAAGUUUGUGGGGAUGUACGAUUCUUGCCUUGCUCGAAUUGCGAUGGCAGCAGGAAAUUUUUCGACGAAGAUGAAGGACAAGUUAGGAGGUGUCUUAUUUGUAAUGAGAAUGGAUUGAUUCGAUGCACACUUUGUUGUUCUUGAUCUACAUAAAUUUGU